AUGAUCUGUUUUAGCCUGUUUCGCAUAGUUUCCAAGCUGUCGCUUGCAGCACUCUUGUGGCUUGUACUGCAUUUUCUUCAAAAAGAAAUCCUCGGAACCUCGCCAGCUGUGCAGAUGAAUGUAGUCCCUGAGGUUGCUCGGGCAUCAGGGAAUACGUCACCUCUUUUCCUUUUCUAUGAAGAAUGUGGGGGGGCAAAUUGGACUCUGAAUCGCUUUUGCUCGAGCAAUUGUUGGACUUCAAACUCUUCUCCUUGUGGAAGUUCAGAUGAUUGGAUAUUUGUUGACUGCACUUCAGCUGGACAAGUUUCAGGGCUCCAUCUUGAACAUGAAAAUAUAUAUUGUGGAGGGAUCCCGGAGGAACUUGCAUCGCUUGGUUAUCUAAGUACGCUGGACCUGAGUUACAACCCAGAUCUUCGUACAGUAAUACCAACUUGGAUAUCGAAUUUCACGAAUCUCGUUGAGUUAAAAUUUGAGGAUUCUGGAUUCUAUGGUGAGGUGCCUGAUAGCAUCUGUAUGUUACGUAGCCUUUCUUCUCUCAAAGGGAGGGAAAAUGAUCUUUCCGGAACAAUUCCUGAUUGUAUAGGAGAGUUGAAAUACUUGCAUGAUUUAAGUUUCGCGAGCAAUGAAAUGUCUGGCCAAAUACCCGAUUCUAUUGGAAAUUGCAGCAAUUUAUAUUUCUUGGACCUUAGUAACAACAAUUUCUCGGGAACACUUCCGGAUAGUAUCGUCUACAUGAAGAACUUGCAGAUACUCGACUUAUCAUACAAUAGCCUCGAAGGCACUCUUCCGGAACUCUUCGGAUUCAGCGAGCUGCAAUUGCUCCUUCUCGGUCACAACAAUUUCAGUGGCACCAUACCGGAGUUGCCUCCGAACCUAGUCGCCGUGGACUUCUCGAGCAACAAUUUCAGUGGACAAGUUCCCAUUCUGCCCUCUACAGUAACAAGCGCCAACUUUACCGGAAAUCACUUCAGCUGCCCGAUCCCAUUGGGAUCCAUAUAUGACACGGCGUCAUGCAUAUGUCCCGCCGGCUGGGCUGGUAACCGUACGACAUGCAAACAGUGUAGUCCCGGCACUAUCGCACCCACAGAUGGUUCUAGUGUUUGCAUGGCGUGCCCCAACGGAACGUUUGCAAAUGCAUCGACAAGCUUCAGAUUUUGUGGUACAUGCCCUGCGGGAAGCUUUGCUGUAUCCCCAGCCGGAAACUGCUCAAUCUGUCCAAAAGGAACCUAUCAGCAGUCGCGCGGUAGUUCCCAGUGCAAUACCUGCGCCCCAGGCUAUUUCACGGACGAACUUGGAGCGAGCUCCUGCAAAAUAUGCCUGGCAGGAUCUUAUGCAGAACUAGCUGGAAGCACGGAGUGCAAAGCCUGCGCCCCGGGAACCUACGCAGCGAGUAACGGAUCGACUUCGUGUCAAGCAUGCGCAGCGGGCUCCUACGCCGGCAACUAUAGCUCUGCUACAUGUCAGAUAUGCCCGGCAGGAUCUUAUGCAGAACUAGCUGGAAGCACGGAGUGCAAAGCCUGCGCCCCGGGAACCUACGCAGCGAGUAACGGAUCGACUUCGUGUCAAGCAUGCGCAGCGGGCUCCUACGCCGGCAACUACAACUCUACAGCGUGCGAGAUAUGCCCGGCGGGAUCUUAUGCAGAACUAGCUGGAAGCACGGAGUGCAAAGCCUGCGCCCCAGGAACCUACGCAGCGAGUAACGGGUCGACCUCGUGUCAGACGUGCAAAGCGGGCUCCUACGCGGGCAACUACAACUCUACAGCGUGCGAGAUAUGCCCGGCAGGAUCUUAUGCAGAACUAGCUGGAAGCACGGAGUGCAAAGCCUGCGCCCCAGGAACCUACGCAGCGAGUAACGGAUCGACUUCGUGUCAAGCAUGCGCAGCGGGCUCCUACGCCGGCAACUAUAGCUCUGCUACAUGUCAGAUAUGCCCCGCGGGAACGUAUGCAGCGAGUGAGGGUUCAAGUUCAUGUGAGCCCUGUCCACCGGGGAGUUCCGGGAACUCUAUUGGAUCCAAGUCAUGCUCACUAUGUCCGGCUGGCUCGUUCGCAGCUUCAAAUGGGUCCACUAUGUGCCAAAAAUGCCCAGCCGGUUACUUCAGUGACACGCCCGGGGCUGCAGCUUGCAAACCAUGUCCUCUGGGCGUCUUUGCAAGUUCAGAGGGCUCUCGUGCGUGCUCCUUAUGUCCGGCAGGGCAGUAUGCGCCAGUCAAUGGAUCCGUCUUUUGCUUGAACUGUCCGCCGGGGAGCUUUUCGAAUCACUCUGGAGCGUCUACGUGCUACCAGUGCGGCGCAGGCUACUUCUCAGACACGCGUGGCUCCACGAGCUGUAAGCUGUGUCCUUUGGGAACUUUUUCCGCUGGACAAGGGCAGACUAGUUGCGAGGCUUGCCCACCUGGUUUCUAUACAAACCAAACAGGAUCGACCUCGUGCAGUUCCUGCGCUCCAGGGCAUUAUCAGCCCAGCACUGGCGCCGGCGGCUGCUUACCGUGUCCCGCUGGUACUCGGGCCGGCGCGUCCGGUGCUCCACGCUGCGAUGCCUGCCCUUCGGGAACAUUCUCUAACGUGACAGGUGCUGCAGUCUGCAUAGAAUGCCCAGCAGGUUGGUACUCCCAGGGUAAUAGUACAAAGUGUAUCGCUUGCGACACAGGGAGUUACGCGCAGUUCAAUGCCAGCGGCUCAUGCACAGAAGCGCCACCGGGGAGUUUUGUCAACAGUACUGGAGCGGCGUACUUCCAGUAUUGUCCACCGGGAACAUUUUCAAACCGGAGCGGUGCAUCCAAGUGCGAACCAUGUGAAACAGGAACCUUCGUGACUUAUCUGGGCGCGACAUCGUGCACAGCGUGCCGUGCGGGCUACUCCGCGCCUGCCAACGGCUCUGUGAACUGCACCGUUUGUCCGGCCGGUACAUUUGCGUAUACAGCCCCGGACGCUGCUGGGCUUGGGCGAGGGGCGUCCACAUGCAAGCCCUGCCCAAAAGGGACUUUUAAUCAAUACGAGGCGCAUACGAAGUGUGAGCCUGCUCCCAAGGGAGGCUACGUGAGCACUGACGGAUCCACGAAAUAUGAAGUGUGCUCGCCUGGGAUGUAUUCAGAUUCCUCGGGUGCUUUUGUCUGCGAGCCGUGUCCGAACGGGUAUAUGAGCGCCAACAGCUCCGCAACUUCUUGCGUCAAAUGCCCCGCAAACACGUAUUCAGCGAACAGAACCGGUUCAACGGCGUGCAAACCGUGCCCAACUUUGGCGUACUUUGAGAGUGUCGUCGUGCCUCAGUACCGCGUCUGCAGUCCGAAUGCGGCAUCCGUUUUCGCAAUCAUUGCCGUUAUUCUUGCUGGAAUCCUACUUGCCAUGCUCGUUUGGUACCUUGCUCGCCGCUACAGAGCGUACAGAGGGACAAAGCCUAACAAACGGGAACAAGAUGUUGCUUCAUCUGCUCCGCGCUCCGCGGAGGUGACCCACCGCCGCAAGUCGCGAUCAGUAUUGCGCCGUGGUAGCGAUGACGGAGAAGUGCACCCAAUGGACACCGUUUCAACGUUUGCAGCAAUUCCCGUGUCAAGAGACGAAUUGGAAAGCAAAUUCAGGACGCAUCGCUCCUUUUCCGAGGCGAUAGAGCCGGUCACGCCGGAUCAACCGCAGCGCCGAAUAUCAAGAUACAGUCGCUCGGUUUCAGCUUCGAGAUUCGGAAUCCUUCUGGCAUCCACUGCAGCAUCUGGAGAGGGACGCUCCCAAAGUCUCACCCGGAAACGUCUAUCAUUCGCUACAGAGCAAGCGGCACGGGAGAGUGCCCACGGAGACGAUGCAGCUUCCGACACGGACGAUAUUGUCCCGCUGCCGGGCAGCACACCCCAGCACCUGGCAGGAAAUACUCCGCGAAAGCAGAUUACGUUCGCAACUCCACAAAAAGAGCCAAAGUGGAUUAGGGUCAGGACGGAGGAAGGUGCAUAUUACUUGCUGAAUCGCCUGAACGGAGAAAUGUACGCGAUCGGACCCUGA